AUGUUCAGGAGAAGGUUAUCGCAGUUGGCGCAUUACAAGUUACCAUCUCACAUCCGCAAUGAGCCGAUCAAAAAUUUCGGUGUGACAGAUGUGAAAGAUUGGGAUCUGUUGAGAGCGUCUCUGAUGAAGUUCAACAACUCCGCGCUGCAGAUUCCUCUGGUCAUCAACGGUGAACGGAUUUACAGCGAUAGCAAGUUGCUCGCUCAGACGAACCCUGCAGACCACCAGAAGGUGCUUGCAAACGUGUCACAAGCAUCGGAAAGCGAUGUCGAGAGGGCUAUAAAGGCUACGCAGGACAGUAAACGGAAAUGGUUCGAACUGCCCCUGCACGAGCGUGCGUCUGUCUUUCUCAAAGCUGCUGAUUUGAUUACAACGAAAUACAGGUACGAUAUGCUCGCUAGUUGUAUGCUCGGACAGGGGAAGUCCGUGUACCAGGCUGAGAUCGACUGUGUUGCUGAACUGGCGGACUUCUUCCGGUACAACGCCGUCUACGCUCAGCAAUUGUACGCGCAACAACCAACUGAAUCCAUCCCCGGUGUAUGGAACAGAGCAGAGUACAGACCACUGGAAGGGUUUGUCUACGCAGUGUCCCCCUUCAAUUUCACCGCCAUCGCUGCUAACCUGGUUGGUGCACCAGCUUUAAUGGGGAACACAGUCCUGUGGAAACCAUCGCAUUACGCCGCGUUGUCCAAUUAUCUACUGUACACUGUGCUGGAGGAGGCUGGUCUACCUCAUGGGGUCGUGAACUUUGUCCCGGGGGAUCCCGUUAUGGUUACAAAGAAGGCCCUGAAUAACCGGAACUUUGCCGCGUUGCACUACACCGGGUCCACUGCCGUCUUCAAACAAUUGUACGGAACCAUCCAGAACAACCUGGCUCAGGGCGUAUACAGAGAUUACCCACGCGUUGUUGGUGAAACGGGCGGGAAGAAUUUCCACUUGGUGCAUCCAAGCGCAGACAUGCCCAACGCUGUGUUCAACACCAUCAGAGGCGCAUUCGAGUACCAGGGCCAGAAAUGCUCAGCGACGUCGAGAUUAUACCUGCCAGAGUCGAAGGCAACAGAAUUCCUCACCGACAUGUGCGGGAUCCUGGCCGCUAAGGACUCGAAGUGCACGCCGACAAACACGGCGGCUAGUGCCCUGAGCGGCGGUGACUUACACGGGUUUGUCGGGCCUGUCAUCCACGAAACAAGUUUCAACAAACUGAAGAAUGCCAUUGAGGAGGCGAAGAAGGACCCAGAGUUACAAAUUGUCUAUGGGGGAGCCUACGAUUCAAGUAAAGGGUGGUUCGUGGAACCCACUGUUGUGAAAUGCAGCAACCCUCACCACAAGUUCAUGAAACAAGAGUUCUUUGGGCCGCUGCUCGCUGUUUGCGAGUACCCUGAUGCCAAGUUCCCCGAGAUCUGUGACAUUAUUGACACCACCACAGAAUACGGGUUGACAGGGUCCGUUUUCGCUAGAGACAGAGAAGCCGUCCGUUUGGCCUCUGAGAAGUUACGUUUUGCCGCGGGGAACUUCUACAUCAACGACAAAUGUACCGGUGCUGUGGUGGCCCAACAAUGGUUUGGAGGGGCGCGGAUGAGCGGGACAAACGAUAAAGCUGGCUCGGGGAACGUCCUGAGUAGGUUUGUCUCAGUGAGAAACAUCAAAGAAAACUUCUACGAUUUGACGGGAUACAAAUACCCUUCUAACUACGAAUAA